AUGGAGCUUCUGUUUUGGCCUGAUUUGGGGUCUCUCUUGAAAAAGCUGAAUGGUCGGAUGCUCUUGGUGGUUCUGGUCAUGUCUCUUUUGAUGAUUGACCUUGUGAAAAAGAGACGACCCAGGAAUUUCCCUCCAGGGCCACAGCUCUUUCCUCUCGUGGGAACCUUUGUGGACUUUAAGCAGCCUCUCCAUCUUGCACUGCAGAAGCUCACAGGUCGGUAUGGGAACAUCUUCAGUGUGCAGUUUGGAAGUCUGACAUUUGUGGUGGUCAACGGGUACCAGAUGGUGAGAGAAGCUCUCGUCCACCAGGCUGAAAUAUUUGCUGAUCGGCCAAAUAUUCCACUCCUGCAAGAAAUAUUUAGAGGCUUUGGGCUCAUAUCAUCCAAUGGGCACAUAUGGAGGCAGCAGAGAAAGUUUGCUUUAGCAACACUGAAAAGCCUUGCUGUAAAUUUUGAGGAGAAAGUGCAAGAGGAGAGUCGGUACCUCGUGGAGACGAUCGAGGAGGAGAAAGGACAACCCUUUGACCCCCAUUACAAAAUUAACAGUGCUGUUUCGAACAUCAUCUGUUCCAUAACUUUUGGGAAUCGCUUUGACUACCAUGACAGCCGUUUCCAGGAACUGCUGCACUCCCUGGCUGAAACGCUGCUGCUCAUCGGGAGUUUCUGGGGCCAGCUUUAUAAUGCUUUUCCUUUGAUCAUGAGAUGGUUGCCAGGACCCUUCAGGAAAAUCUUCAGACACUGGGAGAAACUUCAAUAUUUUGUGAAAGGCGUGAUUGCAAAGCACAAGGAGGAUUUGGACCAGUCUGAGGCAGGAGAUUAUAUUGACUGUUACCUGAAGGAAAUAGAAAAGUUUAAGGGUGACACCACCUCCUAUUUCCAUGAGGAAAACCUGCUGUGCUCCACCUUGGACCUGUUCUUAACUGGGACUGAGACAACGGCAACCGCCAUCCGCUGGGCUCUGCUCUACAUGGCCGCGUACCCCCACAUUCAGGAGGAAGUGCAGCAGGAGAUCGACGCCGUGGUGGGGCAGUGCCGGCUGCCCUCGAUGGCGGACAAGGAGAAGAUGCCGUACACCAGCGCCGUGCUGAGCGAGGUGCUGCGCGUGGGCAACGUGGUGCCCCUGGGCGUGCCCCGCAUGGCCACCAGCGACACCACCCUGGCCGGCUUCCGCCUGCCCAAAGGCACCACGCUCAUGACCAGCCUGACCUCAAUAAUGUUCGACAAAAACGUGUGGGAGACUCCAGACACCUUCAAUCCCGGACAUUUCCUGGAAAACGGCCAGUACAGGAGGCGGGAGGCUUUUCUGCCCUUCUCUGCAGGCAAGAGGGCUUGUCCCGGGGAGCAGCUCGCCAGGACCGAGCUCUUCAUUUUCUUCGUAGCCCUGCUGCAGAAGUUCACCUUCCAGGCCCCGGCGGAGGCCGCGCUGUCCUUCGCCUUCACGCUGAGCCUGACGCGCUGCCCCAAACCCUUCCGGCUGCGCGCCGUGCCCCGCGGCUGAGCGGCCUGGGGCUGAGCGGGCCUGCCACGGCCUCACACACCGGGGAACCCCCUUCUCCUCACCACACCGACCCUGCUACAUCCUCACAAACCGGGAAAGGCCCUUCUGACCACACCGACCCUGCCACGGCCUCACACACCGGGAAAUGCCCUUCUGACCACACUGACCCUGCCACGGCCUCACAAACUGUAAAACCCCCUUCUCCUGACCACACUGCAGAUUUGGGGCUGAAAUGAGGGCCCUGCAGGUCCAGCACCCGCCAGUAUCUGGGUGGCUUGGGAAGGGCGCAAGGGCCACAUCCUGCAACAAGCACAACCCUUGUGGCUCUGCCCUUCACCUCAUUUCUGCUUCCUGCUGCUAGUCUGACAAAAUGCAUGGAUUUAAAAGCCUUCUUGCCCAAUUUCCACUGUCAGCAAUUUCAGGAAUGUGUCUGCCAGCUGCAAAAGCAUGGUUUGAUGUUGGCUUUCCCUAUCACUCAGCAGCCCCCAGUGCUGC